GAGUCAAAAAAAACACAUCGUUGAACUCGAGAAGUCAGCCAUAUCCCCUACUUCGGCUGGAUUCCUGAGGGGCGGCCACGAACGACUUUCCCGUCCCCGAACAAGUCGGUUUUCCCGGCUCUCACUUUCCUUGCCUGUCUUACACUUCGCUUCAUGAGGUCAUGACCCGUUGGUUAAUGUUUACCUGUCUAUUUAUUUCACCACAAGGGCUGAGCCGCGUUUCUCUCAGGCCUUUCCUUUGUCUUUCUUCUUCGCUGUAUAGUAUCUUUCAGACAGUCUCCGUCAUCAAGACUGUGAGUAUGUCAAGGCACAGAGCCUUGGUUGCUCUUAACCUCUUUCUUUUUGUUGGUCAAGGGACUAGGGGAUAUAAAUCCGAGUUUUCUAGCAGGGAAGGAUUUUUGGGAUCGCUGUGGUAAAGGGGCUAUUUAGCAAUGAUGGAACUUGGUCUACAACAGAUAGAUCUGAAUGGAGAUAGUUCUUGAAACUUGUGUUCUUGUCAA